AUGUAUACGAUCAUUUUGCUUUUGUUUGUCUCACAUAUUUCUUGUCUUCCAUGGUCAAAACCAGAAUAUGAAUUUAAAUUUGAAACAAUAUGGUUAACAAUGACCGAUGGUAUUCGUUUAUCAUGUACAUUAGGCAUACCAACGCCAACUAAUAAUAAAAAAAAUGAAACAUUUCCGAUUCUAUUAGAAUAUUUGCCAUAUCGUAAAGAUGAUAGUUUUUAUUACACUAAUUAUCAAGAUUAUUGGUAUUUUUCAAGACGAGGAUACAUUGUAGCUAAAGUUGAUAUUCGUGGUACCGGUGCCUCUGAUGGUAUUCGUGUACCCAAAGAAUAUUCAACAAUUGAAUUAGAUGAUUGUGAAUCCGUUAUUGAACAAUUAAGUCAAUUGUCAAUAUCAAAUGGGAAUGUUGCUAUGAUGGGCUUUAGUUGGAGUGCAUUUAAUAGUCUAAUGAUGGCAAUUUUACGUCAUCCACCAGCAUUGAAAGCGAUUUAUGCUGCACACGGAUCUGAAGAUUUAUAUUUUAAUGAUAUACAUUACAUGGAUGGUAUUCUACAUGAAGAUGAAUAUAUUUUAUCUGUUGAUCAUGAAAAUGCAUUACCACGUACACCUGACUAUGUAAUUGAUGAUGAUUUUAUUCAACAACGUUUUAAUUCAAACAGUACAUAUCCAUGGACGGAUUUAUAUUUACAACAUCAAAUUGAUAGUCAAUUCUGGUCUCAACAUUCAAUUAUGUAUUAUUACAAAAAUUUAACAAUACCUGUUUAUUUACUAGCUGGAUAUUAUGAUAGCUAUAAUGGUAAGUAUUUUAAUUUAUUAUCGUUCGACUAUAUAUUAAACUUUUGAUGAAGCUGCUUCGGCAUAUCUAUAGUGGAAAUUUAGGCAUGAAAGUUACAGUGGAUCUACAGAGAAAGGAAGAGAAUAAUAAUUACUGACUUUGGCCUCCCGAGUAGAGACCUGCAACCCAACCCGAAUCCGAUCCGAACCCGACCCGACCCUCGGGUUAAGAUGCUGUCGGGUCGGGUCGGGUUCGGGUUGAAUAUUUGGCGACGCAAUUUAAAAUAUAAAUAAUAUUUUUAGCUUUGUAUUACUGGUUGAAAGUUAUCUCUACUGGAAUUUCCAGUUGAAAGAC